AUGAGCACAGACAUGCUGCAGCGACCAGCUCCGUACGUACCGCAAAUCCGCCCGCUGAGCGACAACAUCGCUCUCCGCCGCACCCAAAGCCGCCUCAACCAGAGGCGCUAUCGGGCCCAGAAGCUCCACGCACUUGAAGAUCGCGAGCGUGAAGUCGCCGAGCUGCACAACCAAAUCGCUCGGUACGAGGGCCAGCUCGAUAUCUUGCGCAGCGGGAUCCGGCUCCACGAACCUGAAGUGCAGGUUGCGAACGAGUAUUUCCGCAUUUUCCAGCACAGUUCCCAGAAAAGCAUGCCGUCUUAUGGGCAGUACCAAUGCGACUUUCUUCGGAGUGUCAUGGAGCCCGACGUCCGCUUCAUGGGCCAGAUUGGCAUCCAAAAGCUCUUUGAGCAGUGGACGCUGUACCACUCGCUCUUUCACUCGUUUGAGAUGCGCUGCCCGCGCCUCGAGGUCAUCAAGCUCGCCGACGCGGCGAUAGUCCGAGCGCCCGCCGUCAUGCACCUCCGCAUCUCGCGCACAACCAUCGAGUGCCUCUACCCGCACGUGCUCAGCAACGAGCGCAUUGUCCAAAAGCUCGUCGGCCAAGUCAUGCAUUUGCCGAUUCUGAUCCACUUUCAUUACGACGCGAGCGGUCACAUCGAGGAGCUUGAGACAGUCGCCAACAUGACGGCGAGCCUCGAGGAGCUGCUUCGUGACGUCGACGACACGCUCCUCGUGCUCAACGGGGCUCGCAUGAAGGGCAACGCCGAGCUUGUGAGCAGCACCACGCCUUGUCCUUGA